AUGAGCGCGCUUAUACAAGAGGGAUCAGUGGUUCACGAAUUUAGCAAGUUUCCGAAUGAGAACAAUCGUGAGAAACCCGUCCUUCAAGACUUUAUUCCGCGAAGUUCUCCUGCUAAAGAUGAGAUCCGGAAACUUAUGAGUGCAGAAAACUUGACAAGAGAUCUGAGUACAAAAUCAAAUAAGUUUGCUGUGGAACAGCUACAGAUGCUAUUCGAGGAUCAAGUGAAAAGCGUAGCUGUGCAUUUUGCGGGUUUACAAAGCGUGAAAACUAGCCAGCGUAUAAAAUUGAUCGUGUUCAGGAAUCGAAUUCGCGAAUUCUUGCAAAUGGAGGCAAACGCUGCAAUUGAAACAACACAGAGCCCUCCAGAGGCGAGUAUAUCUAUCUGGAGCGAUUCUUACCAUAGCGUUGUGGUAGAAUGUCCGCUUGACAGGGCCUUUUUGCAAAGUUUGUGUGGUCAAAAAGUGUGCAUGCUUUUGUCUCGAGAAUUAGUUCAUAUGCUGCGAGUGGGCCAUUUGGAGCUCAAAGCAUCGCUCGUGGCACUAAACUCGAGGUCCGUAACGCUGGGCGGGCCGAAUUUCGAGGAUAUGUUUGAAGAUAUGCGAAAUCUAGUGAAUAAUCCCUUUUACAAAUGUCCCCCCAAGUUCUGGAAAGCCGCGUUGGCAGCCGAAUCAUUCGACAUCUCAAGCGCUAUGCCCAGGGUGCUGGGGGCCCAUAAACCUGGGAUGGUGACACACGACAUAACCCUUAACAAGGCGGAGAUCACGUUCUUGAUCGGACACUUGGGAACUACCAUUCAGCAAAUCAGAGAGCAAUCCGGGGCGACCAUCAAGAUCAUUCCUAUCGGCUCACGACUGAGUGCGGGGCAGCAGAAACAUCCGAAAUCAGUGGAGCAGCAUUUGAGCAUCACCGGUGAUAUUGAUUCGGUAACUCGAGCUGUCUGUCUUAUUGACGCCGAAUUGGCAUUGUACCGAAAAUGA